AUGACAUUCGCUACUCAAGAUCUUAGCAUCCAGCCAGGCGUUCUGCGGACACCUAAGCGUGGGCAUGAUGCAGCUCAGAAACCCUGCGCUACAUUCCUACCCACACCGAUCUCAGACAAGAUUAGCUACGAUACUCUGUCAGUACUGGAUCCGAACAAGUUCUCCUGGUUGUCACCAUCAUCGACAGUCUGUGCCACGACAUCUCCGGCAGGGUUCAACGACAUGUGGGAUCCACCCGAGACACCCACCAAGCGGACGACCAGCGCUUCUUUACGCGGUAUCCUGACGCCUUUGACACCUCCAACACCCCCUGAUUCUUUUAACAAGCUACUUUUCACCCCGAUUCUCAAGCCUAUCUUCGGCAUUGGAGUGACUCCGGCGAUUCCGCAGCCCUUUUUCCAGGAAAAGGUGACAGCGGCACAGGAUGACCCUUUCCAACCGAAGUUGUUCCGAGGCGUCACCUUGGUGCUUGAAGAGAUCUCCAAGGCAAGCGUCGCAGCUGCUACCGUCAAAUACAACAGUAACCCCACAUUCGUGUUCACGCAGAAUACCAGUAUCAGUACACGAACACGUUCCAAGACAGCCUCCACCACACCAAUCGCUUCAGUUAUACAUACCGCUAUUCGUGAAGAGACAACCAUCGUUACAUCUCCCCAAGGUCGCAUCCAUCCGCCUUUGGACAGCAAGUUCUCGAAGCUACUAGAACAACUCGUCCCACACGACCUUCACGCAAGACUGGCCAGCGCUCCGGGCUACUGCCCCGCGUCCCUCGUAACAAGCCCAUCUACACGAUGCAGUUCCAUGGCAAAGCCUAGGGGGUCGGUUAUCGACGCUAUUAGCGCAGUGAAGAAUGUCUCGAAGUGUAACAGACAAGAGGACUACUGCGGUAUGCUUCGCAAUAUCGAGGCGAUCGUGCAGUCAGUCAUGUGCAUCAGGCAUCAACAUGCGGCGUUGAGACAACUCAAGGCUGGAUCCAGGCUAUCGCAACUGCGCAGCAAGCUUGAAGGCACGACACGCAUGACGGCACUGGACCAAUCCACGCUUAUGCAAUGGGUCAACACGAUCAGUGACAUAGACGCUCCCAACGAUCACGCUGCUCGAGCUGCCAUCAUUGCGACGAAACCCAAGCCACCUACACAGCCCAAGCGGGAACUGAAGCCCAUGUCCAAGUUGCCAACGGUUGAGACAAACGCCCGAUUCUCCCCCUCAUCAGGCUUUAGGACUUAUGAACCGAAGAAGACCAGGGGGCUCUCUGUUUUUUCGGCUCUUCACGAGAAGGCAGCCUCUCCUUUGGGUACCAAAGAACUGACUCCGGGUUACGUUUACCUCUUCUGGGAUAAGGCAUUCUUUGGCAUGGUGAAAAUCGGACACACCAAGGAUUUGGCCAAGCGACUCAAGAGUUGGAAUGCGAAGUGCAGGCACCAGCACGACUAUCACUCCAGUAUGGAGAGUCAGGUGGUGAUGCCGCAUGUUCACCGCGUCGAGCAGCUCAUACACACUGAGCUGAAGGGGUGUAGACUGCGAAGGCAGUGUGAAGGCUGCGGUAAGCUGCACAAAGAAUGGUUUGAAGCCAAUCAAGCGCAUGUAGUCAAGGUUAUGAAGAAGUGGCGGGAGUGGAUUCUGCAAGAGCCUUACGUUCAGGACGAAGAGUCGGGGGAGUGGGUCCUCAAGCCUGAGAUGUUUGCUUCUCUCGACCAGAUGUUAUCCUCGAAGCAGCAAAGCUCGUCCGAGCUCGCCACGCGCCCGCCACCGCCGCCUCGCAAGGUGGGGCCUCCGAUCACAUCGACACCGGAAGAGUCACCAAGACCAUCGUGCGAAACCGCGGCCGUGUCGCUGGCAACUACGAGAAGGCACGAAGCAGCUACAGCAUUUUCCAGCCGAACAGCAUCGACUGGGGCAAGCGAAGCCGAUUGGCUGAAGCCAUUCCUUGGUACCUCGCCGCCGCUCAAGGACACGAUGAUGCUGAGCUCGGUCUUGAAGCCUGCCGCCAAGAUCGUCUACAUCUUGAAGCAUGAGCUCGCAGAUGAUGACGCCAUCGCUCUGCUCACUGGCUGCGGGAUCAGCGAUAAGUCGUCCGAUGAAUUUGCUCGCGCUAGACAGCGGACGAGGAACUAUCAGUCGGAGUUCCAGGGCGAGGUCAUGAGCGACUUCAUCUAUCCCAGGGUAGCCAUGGUCAUCUGCGAGUGGAAGGAGCAGGCUGAGAAUGCUGACAAGGCCGUCGAAGACCUUACCCCGGUUGAGCUCGAAGCUCUUUGGCAGGGUGACUUCGACAAGGACCCGGAACGUAUGGCGGCCGCGAUGUGGGGAGACGUCGGCAAGAUGAUCCCAUGGGAUAAAAUCUACAACCUCGGAUUCGGUAACACAGAGGUGAAGGCGAAGCUACAGGCUGCGAGAGACAUGUUCCGCGCCAAGUACGUGUUCGCUUGCGAGCAGACGCUCAAGAUGCGCUACGCCGAUCCUGCUACGCUCGAAGACGACGACGAUGCGCUUUCCUCCAUGACCCCGGCUCAACGUUGCUAUGCCAAAUGGCGCGGCUUCCGCCACGACGAGCGCUUCGCCGAUACUAUCGUGGGCUAUGCGAGCCUGCCGAUACACGGUGGACCUCCGAAUGAUCGGAGGAAGCAGUCAAGUGCUCUUGCAGUCAACUUGAAAGAGCACGAUGCGGCGUUCAUGGCUGCACUCUUAAACAGCGAUUGGGAAGGCGAAGGCGAGGACGACGAGGAAGUUGAUAUUUUUGCCGAUUGA